AUGAGGCCUUCUUCACGCUCGGUGGUUUCAACUUUGUCGAAGCCACCAGACCCUGUAGUUAUGCCAUCUCACUCGAUAGAUAUGGUCCCGUCGGAGCUCCUUCUUCUUCCACCGGAACCUCCAGUUCCGCCGGACCCGCCAGAUCUGCCAUCGUCUCCCUUUGCUAUGAUCAUUGGUUUAAAUCUCCUCCUCUCCUCUGUGGUCUGUCCCGAACAACAAACAUGGCCUCGCCUCUCUCCCUUGUUCUUAGAAAAGCUUUGA